AUGUCCGGUGGUAAAGGUAAAGCUGGUUCUACUGAAAAGGCCUCCACAACCAGAUCAGCCAAGGCUGGUUUGAUUUUCCCAGUCGGUAGAGUUCACAGAUUGUUAAGAAAGGGUAACUACGCUCAAAGAGUUGGUUCUGGUGCUCCAGUUUACUUGACUUCUGUUUUAGAAUAUUUAACUGCUGAAAUCUUGGAAUUGGCCGGUAACGCUGCUAGAGACAACAAGAAGUCUAGAAUUAUCCCAAGACACUUGCAAUUGGCCAUCAGAAAUGAUGAGGAAUUAAACAAAUUGUUGGGUCAUGUUACUAUUGCCCAAGGUGGUGUUUUGCCAGCCAUUCACCCUACCUUAUUGCCAGCCAAGAAGGCCAAGCCUUCUCAAGAAUUAUAA